AUGCUUACUUCUCACUUCUCAUCCUUACAGGUGUCUGCUGCCCAAGACUGCAGUGGGGAAUGUCAGUGCCCACACAGAGUACCUGAAUGUGCACCUGGAGUUAGCCUGGUCCAGGAUGGAUGUGGAUGCUGUAAAGUGUGUGCCAAGCAAUUGGGCGAACUCUGCACUGAGAAAGACGUGUGUGACCCACACAAAGGACUGUUCUGUGAAUUUGGCUCCAGGAUCAACAGGAAAAUUGGAGUAUGCACUGCCAGGGAAGGUGCCCCCUGUGUGUUUGGAGGCAUGGUCUACAGAAGUGGAGAGUCUUUCCAAAGCAGCUGCAAGUACCAAUGCACAUGCUUAGAUGGAGGCGUUGGCUGUGUACCACUCUGCAGCAUGGAUGUCCGUCUUCCCAGCCCUGACUGCCCAUACCCAAGAAGGGUGAAACUGCCUGGCAAGUGCUGUGAAGAAUGGGUCUGUGAUCAACCUAUGGAGAGAACCAUGGUCGGACCUGCUCUGCCUGCUUUCAGAAUGGAAGAGACAUAUGGUCCUGAUCCAUCUCUGAUGCGUGCCAACUGCCUGGUACAAACCACUGAAUGGAGUGCUUGCUCAAAGACCUGUGGCAUGGGCAUCUCUACACGAGUUACCAAUGACAAUGAGCACUGCAGACUGGAGAAACAGAACAGACUUUGUAUGGUUAGACCUUGUGAGGCCGACCUUGAGGAAAACAUCAAGAAAGGAAAGAAGUGCAUCCGUACUCCUAAAAUCUCUAAACCAGUCAAGUUCGAGUUUUCUGGCUGCACAAGUGUGAAAACCUACAGAGCCAAAUUUUGUGGGGUCUGUACAGAUGGUCGUUGCUGUACCCCUCAUAGAACCGCCACCCUCCCAGUCGAGUUCAAGUGUCCUGAUGGUGAGGUCAUGAAGAAGAAGAUGAUGUUCAUCAAGACAUGUGCAUGUCAUUACAACUGCCCUGGAGACAAUGACAUCUUCGAAUCCAUGUACUACAGAAAAAUGUACGGAGACAUGGCAUAG